GCGCGGCGCGGCAGGGGUACUUCCGGCGGGGGUGGGUGCAGUUGCUGCUGGCGCGGUUGGGGCGAGACCUGCCCUUGUGUGUCGGCCUCUCCCCGUCAUGUCGACCCUGGAGAAGCACCUGCAUCUGGGCCGCCUGCCCCCCAGGCCUGCCGUGCCCGGCGGGGGCGGCCAGUCCGGCUCCAAGAUGCGCAUGGGUCCUGGAAGGAAACGAGACUUUUCCCCAGUCCCUUGGAGCCAGUACUUUGAGUCUAUGGAAGAUGUUGUUGUUGAAAACGAAAACGGCAAGGAUACUUUUCGAAUUUAUAAAAGUGGAUCGGAGGGCCCUGUCUUACUUUUGUUGCAUGGCGGAGGCCAUUCUGCUCUUUCCUGGGCUGUGUUCAAUUCUGCGAUCAUUAACAGGAUUCAGUGUAGGAUUGUGGCUUUAGAUCUCAGAAGUCAUGGUGAAACAAAAGUUAGGAAUCCUGAAGAUCUGUCUGCAGAAACUAUGUCAAAAGAUGUUGGAAACGUGGUUGAAGCUAUGUACGGGGACCUCCCACCUCCAAUCAUGCUGAUUGGGCACAGUAUGGGUGGGGCCAUUGCAGUGCACACAGCAGCAUCCAAUUUGGUACCCAGUUUAUUGGGUCUUUGCAUGAUUGAUGUCGUGGAAGGCACAGCCAUGGACGCACUGAACAGCAUGCAGAAUUUCUUACGGAGUCGUCCCAAAACAUUCAAGUCAAUUGAGAAUGCAAUUGAGUGGAGUGUAAAAAGUGGACAGAUAAGAAAUCUCGAAUCUGCCAGAGUUUCUAUGGUUGGCCAAGUCAAACAGUGUGAAGAUGCUGCUAGUCCUGAGGUCCCUAAAGCUAUAGUGGAAGGGAUUAUUGAGGAGGAGGAGGAAGAGGAAGAGGAGGAAGACUAUGAAGGAAGAGGAUCUGUUAACAAAAGGAAGAAGGAAGAUGAUACAGAGACAAAAAAAGAACAUCUGUAUACAUGGCGAAUUGAACUGUCGAAAACAGAAAAGUACUGGGAUGGGUGGUUCAGAGGCUUAUCUAACCUCUUCCUCAGUUGUUCUACUCCGAAGCUGCUGCUUUUAGCGGGUGUUGACAGGCUGGAUAAAGAUCUAACAAUUGGACAGAUGCAAGGAAAGUUCCAGAUGCAAGUCCUCCCUCAGUGUGGCCAUGCAGUCCACGAAGAUGCUCCAGACAAGGUUGCUGAAGCUGUUGCAACUUUCUUGAUCCGUCACCGGUUUACAGAACCAAUUGGUGGAUUUCAGUGUGUGUUUCCUGGUUGUUAAUAUCCUGAUGCUCUCCAGCACUGAGUUCCAUUGUAAAUAAACUGCACCAGAGGCCACUGUGAUGUAUCCAUAUCCUUCUCAUCUAUCCAGUUCAGCAAUGACAAGAAAUUGGCCUGAGAUCAGUCCCAUAGAGCUGGUUUCUAAGAAUUUCCUUGCCGGAAGGCAGCUCGUAUCUGAGUCCUUGCGAAGCUCGUCGGCCUCUUGGACACAGGCUCCUCUCCACUGCUGCAAGGAAAGACAACCUGAAACCCCGAGUAGUAGAACAUCUCUCUUAUCUCCAUGAAUCCUCAGGCUUUGUUGAACACAACCACUAAGGGGCUUUGGGCAGAUAUGAUUCCCCAAAGGGCAUUGCAGCUAAUCUGAAGGCAUCAGGAUUUCUUCGUGGAACUAUAUGGGAAAUGCCCAACACUGUCUUUUUUUUUUUUUUUUUUUUUUUUUUUAAUAUGCAUGUGAGGAACCGGCUUCUUUGAGAGUUUUUCAUCUCACCAGGGCCGGCCAUAUAAUUUUAGGGCCUGUAAAUUGUGGGGGAGAGAACCGACUGCGCUAUGAACUACCUUCCCUUCUAGUUCCACUAAGGGCGGGACUGGGAAAAUGGGACCAUGAGCUCCUUUGAGGGGUCCUGCUGCUUCCUCCACAGGUUCACUCCCGGGGUCUCUCUGGAGAAUAGCCUCAGCUGGGGCUCUGCAUUUAAAGGGGAAGCCACAAUAUCAGCAGUAACCUCAUGAUCUGUCACAAACAGGCCAGUGGCCAUUCUCUGCUUGUGGAGUUUCUGCCUACCUGGUUCUGCACCUCUUGUCACCACACACAAGAGAGUGGAGAUUGGCACCUCGGGCAGCUGUUUUUCGGAGGAGACUAGACAGACCAGGCAGUGGCUGGAAUGCUGAGCUAGCUAGCGGUAGGGAGAGAGAGGGACUUGGAGGAAAAUCCCACCAACAGUCUGACCCUGGCCCAAGCAGUUGCUUGCCAUGCAUGUGUGAGGCCCUGCUCAGUGUAUUGUGGGAAAGUCCCUGUUCUGUAUUUGAUGUUUAGCACUGAUCAGCUACAAGCCUUUAUUCAUGCAGUAGCUCUGAGAGAGUUUCUUCAGGGUACAGGCCAGCCCUGGAUAAUUUGUUAGAUCCUUUUCACCUCCUAUGAAAUCCCCCACGAGAGCAAUAGAGCACGUGGAGCUAUUUGCAACAAUAUCUUGAUGUUCUUGAACUAAUAAAAUUGCGGCUUUAUUCCUUAACCCUUUCAUGCUGAGUGCUGAAGUGACUCUGCUAGUUGAAGCCUAGCGCUGUUACUCGCCUGGUCUGGGAGCUGUAAUGGCUGUGGGCGUAUCCUACGACAGGCCUAGUAAAUCCUUGACGUUUGUGCUGUGCUGGUAGGGGGGAAAUGGCACAAAAAGCAGGUAAAGCCCAGUCACGCAUAAUGUUUACCCUGAGGGAGAACUACUGUUCUCUCCUUCUGUCUCAUUCUCACACUCACUCACUCAGGGCUUGUCUACACUACCUGCCAGAUUGGCGGGCAGUGAUCGAUCCAGCAGGGGUCAAUUUAUCGCGUCUAGUCUAGAUGUGAUAAAUCGACCGUCGACUUGGUACUGCUCCAGAACGAGACGUGCAAGCGGAGUUGACGGGAGAGCGUCAACUGUCGACUUACCACAGUGAAGACACCGCGGUAAGUAGAUCGAAGUACAUCGACUUCAGCUAUGCUAUUAACAUACCUGAAGUUGCGAAUCUUAGAUCGACCCCACGCAGUAGUGUAGACAAGCCCUCAGUGCUGGACUCUUCAGCUGUGGCCUGGCUGCGUAUUCCCCCCCGGCCACCAGAGUCUGAAACCGCUAGAUUAGAAAUGAGAAUUUGCAAUUCCAGGUGAGUUCUGUGUCCAUGCGACACUUUGGCGACUGAUGCUGAGGUACUAAACAAGCAAUUUUUGGCUCCUUGUAUAGCCCUCCCUAUCAGUCACAACUUGGCAUUGCUUCACCGUGUGAUUCAGCUCACUGACCAAUAAGGACCCAGGACGAAGUCUAUUCCAGUUUGUCUGCUGAUUAGUUUCAUGGUUUCCAAUAAUGGAGAAGUCAGUUUAUAAUUGGAAAACACAACAAAAAAAUCUCCCUUUCCCCCACUGCACAUCUUGCAGUCUUGCAAGGUUCUCGACCCUUUUCAGAUUACUUGGAUUGUCAAACUGUUUGUAGGGGCGGGAACCAAAGCAGUGGUAUGCAGCGUUAACCAAGGCCCUCAUUCAGCAAGCUACUUAACCAUGUGUUUAAUUUCAAGCAUGUGAAUAGUCUCCUUGGAGUCAAAUUCUGUCAUGUGCUUAAAUCUCUUGUGGGUUACUACAUUAGAUAACUCCCCAUGUUCACCUCUUGUGCUGUCCUCUCCCUUUCUAGAGAAGGGAACUGGUUUAUCAGAUAGCCCCACAAAGAGUAAAAUACCUUCUAUUUCAGCCUUUGCUAUCACACUACAAGGGUGGAGAGGGGCUACAUUUCCAUGCACUGUGCCUUUGGCUCCCUGGAAAUGUGUUUUGGUUGUUACACCUUGGCAAUUAUGACCUUGUUUUAUGAAAAAUAAAUAUUUCACAACCUCUUCUGGUGUGGCUGUUUUAUGCCAAGCUCCCCAAGUCCUGACUUGUAGCAGAGAAUGGAUGUUCUUUGCGGGGAUCCAACUAGCUUUAGGCUUGCGGAAAGCAGAUUCAAAGGGCAGGGGGGGUAAUUGUGUAUGUGAAGGGGUGUUACACUGACUACUUUGGUUGAACUACAUCAACCUUUGAGUCUCAUGCCGACUGCAUUUUCUUAGUGACAUUUUUAAUGACCUAAACAGCAAACAUAUGGGGGAGGAAGGGGACACGAAUGAAAAGGGUACCAUUUCUGCAUUGCAUCCUUAACUACUUAGAGAUCUCUCUUGCCUCUGUUCAGGUUGCAUUAGAUUAAGGAGCAAUGGAGCCUUUAACCCUAGAAAAUCUUGUGUCUUAGCUAACACAAGAUACAAUUUGUUUAUUUGGGAGUCUGGUUUAUUUAAGUUUGGGGUUUUUAAAAUCAGACUUAAUGCAGGAGCAGUCUUGCUAAACGCCCAGGGUUAUCUGAACCAAAUAUAGGAGACUAAGUGACUUGAGGAUCACAGAAACGACUGAUCUGGUUUGUUUUGUUUUUUAAAAACCCAAACCUCUCUGGUAUUACAAGAAUGUGCAGCCCUGCUUUGUUCCUGAGAACAGAGCUGCAUGCUGCUCAUUUACACGGGCUUAUAUCUUAAUGGCAGUUACACUAGUCCAGUGUUUGGAACCACUGUCGUCUAGAGGAGUGUGCGCAGCUGAAAAUCAAAGGGCUGUCUCUUUACAUUAACACGCCUGCCGACUUGGGCUGCUGUCUGGAGCUGGCUUUUCUUUCAAGGCUUCUCUCUUUGCCUUUUCCUCUCGACCUGGCCUCGUCAAACACUUUCCAAACGGCAGUGGGCUGGAGAUUAGACCAAAGCCAACUCAAUAUUUUGUCCGGCCAUUGUAAAUGGAAGCACUAUUCUGAAUAAUAAAACACCACCAGUAAAAAUCCCAACCCUACAGCGUUGCAUUAAGGAUGCGGCAGUGUUGUGAGCGGUCAUUAGAAUUGAGGCGUAGAAUCCCUGAAGCUAGUUGUGUUGAUCAGAAUACCCCAGCUGGGUAAAAAGCAGGGGAAUAAGGAUAACUCAGUGGUGGGAGCACAAAUCCUAGGCGAUUGCCCAGUGGAGCCAAUGUUAGUAACUUUGUCGCCACUAUCUGCUGACUGAAACGUUUGUGGGCUUGCACCGGUUCUUAGAAAAUUUCUCUGUAUCAUGUAUCAAGUUAGCCCAGUACUGAGGCAUUACCAACAAGGGAGCCAAGACUUGAACUGGGGCAUUACAGAAUGACCUACCCUAUCGCCUCCUAAAGAUUGCUCCAGGGCAGCGUGGAGACACACUAGUGGGGUAGCGUGAGGCAAGCUUGCACUUGCAUCACUCCAUAUGCCAGAUCCAUUCGGGGACUAGACAGCUUCCAUCUCCGGGCUAGCUGGAUGGUUGUGCUCUGCUCGGCAGAAAUUCAGCACAAACCUACCUGGUGACUCGGUACUUUCUGGUUCAAUGAAGACAUUGCGGAAUGCCUCAUCCUGUGACAUCACAACUGCUGUGGCUUGGAUGAGUCGCAGUGGGCCUGUGGUGUUUGUGAUAUCACAUUUGGGGCUAUUGUCACUGAACCAAGGAAGUUCCGAGUGGAUUUCACAGAGCAGGUGCGUGGUGGAAAAGGAAGUAACGAAUGUUUGUGCUGACUAGUGGGGCCAUCCAGCACAGAGAGCUUCACUCUGCUCCAUUUUGGGUUCACUUAAAAAUAUAGUGUAAAGUUCAAGAUUUUCAAAAACGUUCAGCGCCCAGCAGCUAACACUGUUCUCAGUGGUAACUGAGCCCCUGAAAAUCUGGCCUAGAUCCUCACAUAAGGCCAAAAUAAAUCUCAUUUCACAAACCUGCCAUCACUGAGUUAGCUAUGGGACUGUCCCUUUAAAUUUUUUGGGGGGGGCUCUGGUAUAUUUAUACCAUUCACAUCCCAAAACCUGGUGCCCUGCUAAUGAGCAGCACUUUCCAGUUUCCGCUACCUGUUGCUCCUGAACUGUGCGCAAGUCUUUCUCCUGGUUGUACGGUCUGCCCUGGUCUGGUUUGUUCAUUGUUCCUCAGGAUGGUUCUCACAGCACAUCUAGCACCCAGGCCUGUAAGCUGGUAUGCGCCUGCAGGAGGGUGGUAGGUGUUUGGCCUUUUGACUAUUUGGAACAAGCCUUAUUGAGCGUAUAGCCAUUGGAACUCAAACUUGGGAGCGAAUAAAGCUACGUUCAGUUCUAGCUGGGAGUGCGGGGGGGGGAGCUUUGUGACCUCAUAUCAUUUACUUCUUUCCUUUUAAAAAAUUGCAGUAUGUAUCUGCUAACUUCCUGAGAAGUUGCUGAAUGGCCUCUGUGUCCUAUCGUUCUGUAUGAGCUUCAUUCUGUUUGUAUCCCGUUCAGUGUCCCAUUACUCUUGUGUACAAACAAUAAAACAUUGUUAAAAACCUC